CGUUGCACCGAGCGGCCGUUCUCCUGCUGUGCUCCGACAGAGUGACUUUUCAGCCCAGGCGUUCCCCCAAGGUGCAAGGCGUUGCAGGUCUCGGCGUGUCUUUCCGGCAUACUGACCCUGUGCCCACCGUCGUGACCAGUCGCUGGACGUCCUGGCCUUUCGUCCGCCACCUGCGCUCCCGAUACCAUGGGCGAUGAACAGGGCUCCGGUGGCGAUGAAAACUAUUACCCUGUCGCUCCUGCUGGCCAGGCGAACUCUACCGCAGGGCUCGCCGACGCUGCCCCAGUGGCACCCGCAGCGCUGGUUCCAGCCACGGAGACGUCAGCCUUCCCACUCCUGGUCGGCAUCGCCGCAAUCCUAACAGUGGGCGUGAUCGCCAUCGCUCUCACUUGGUAUCUCUUGAAAGAGACGCCAGCCGUAAAGGAGCCGCCGAAACCACUGACGAUUACUAAGAAGUUGACACCAGUGCCGCCCACGUUGCCGCCCACGUUGCCGACCCCGUCGCCGGCCGCUUUGCCGACCCCGUUGCCGCCCACGCUGCCACCCGCGUUGCCGACGACAGUUGCACCAGUCAUAGGAGGGCCGCCGAUGAUAUGCACGAACAACAUUGACAAAUUCUCACUGGUCUCAGUGCUACCUAGUGACGGCCUAUGUGACCAGAUAUACCUAGACUCUGUGUGCAGAAAGUCGCCCUGCAACACAGGUGCACAGUGGACCGUCACAGGAGUGAUAAAAGACUUUCUCGAAGUUGCUAAUGCGACAAGAACCAGCAACAAGAGAACAAGGCUGGGCCUGGCUUUCGACUCUCAUGCCAGUCACAACUUAUUGAUAUUCAGCAAUGGUGUUAAAAGGAAACAAAUUAUUGAGGAUCUGUGGAGCGCUUACAACUGUUCCCACUAUGCAUCUCUUCAAAACAACAUCCGUGCAUUUAGCGACCCGGACAAGGCAUCGGGACUAUGGAACCCAUUGCUGUCCUUAAGAAGGCACUUGGAGAGCCUUAGUGGAGUGCAAGACGAUUUCGGGUUGGUGCUGGGUGUCACAAGUACGGACAUACCAAGUAUGGUUGAGAAAGUGCUUGAAGACUACAACAGAAUGCCCCCGUCUUUGACUAAUUUUAUUAUCAUCAGCCACACAUCGUUCGACAACUACGCCUUGCCACCUUACAAUGAUAAAGCAAGCUUUGAUUUGACGAACUGUUAUAUUGUGCCACCCACUAUACAUAAUUACAGCAGCCACUACAACCAGACCUACUACGGCACUUUGGAGGACUCGUCGACGUUCCUGCAAGAACUUCUAACUGCAUCCCUGAAGGUUCCAGUAUCGGUGUCGGUGACGUUAAAAGGCCGCUGGUUUACGUCAAAUGCGCCCAUAGAAGAAAACAGGGAGAUUUUCAAGAAGUGCGCGAAACUCGAGGAAACCACGGAUGCACCACCGGACUCUGUCUGCGAUUCCAACAUUCAAGGCAACUACUUCUAUAACAAAAACUAUGAGUCGGCAUUUUUCAACGACAGUACUCGAGUCUUUACAUUUGACACGGAAGAGGCACUGAGGGCUAAGAUGUGUGCCUACAAGGAAAGAGUAAAAAAUUUAAAGUUCAGCUUCGCCGUGUACGACAUUGAUGCCGACCAGAAAGACACCGCGUGCGAUAAGGUCAAAUACACGGGUCAAUACAAGAGGCUGAAUCUGCUCCGCAAGCUGAUCAACUUCAUGGAGAAGUACACCAACAAGAAGGACUGCGAAAGUGUAUCCUAGCAAGUGUUUCCAGUGGCUGUGGUGUGUGGCGAAGGGAAACGACCUGAUGCCUGAUCGUCGACUACGAUUAGUGCUCAAGACUGCACUUUUUUGUGUUUAUAUACCUCUCCCGUUUAUAAUGUGACUACCCUAUAUUAUUUCA